AUGCCGCUCCUUCGAAGUCUUUCGUCUCGCCUUGGGAGGAAGCAUGAAAAGGUGCCCGUCGAAGACCGCCAAAGCACAAAUGGAUCUCCUAGCUCUGCCACGAGGCAGACGCAGUUGAACGACGCAGGCAUGACACCGAUCGAUGAGAACAAUAUUGGACAUCAGCGGGGUGAAAGUCUGGCCCCUGACCAAAGGGCACGCGGCAGCCCAGAUACAGGUUUGGUGCUCCAAAAGCCCAACAGAGCAAAUUCCAGCAAUAGCGCAGGACAGAGUUCUUCUACGGCAACACGCAAAGAUGCUGAAAACACCUUCGAGAAAUUCGCCCAAUUGAUCCACGCCUCAAGGCGACCUCUUCCAACACAGACUGGAGAUGGUCAGUACAUUAGCCGAGAGUCCAGUACUGGAGUUUUGGGAGAUCUUAAAGCUAUGAAAAUGAGAGACAUCAAAACUGUGAAACACAUCAUGGGCGACAAGGCAUCAGGAAUGCCCCAAGAUGACCGAAAAAUGCAUAUGGAAGAGGUGAUUCAGCUCGUUGCUGGACUGCCGAGCCGCUCAGCACACCGGGUUGAGUUGACGAGUCUGUUCUUGGAUGAAUUAUGGAACUCACUCCAACACCCACCGAUGUCAUAUUUGGGUGACGAAUUCAAAUAUCGUUCUGCCGACGGAUCUAAUAACUCAUACCUGUUCCCAAGACUCGGUGCCGCUAACACUCCAUAUGCGCGGCCGGUGGUACCUAAAACAAUUCAGCCUGGGGCACUUCCUGACCCAGGAUUGCUCUUUGAUUCUCUUAUGGCACGACAAGAGUUCAAGCCACAUCCAAACAACGUCUCUAGCAUUUUCUUCAACUGGGCGUCACUCAUUAUUCAUGACCUGUUCCAGACGGAUCACCGUGACUACAGUAUCAGCAAGACCUCUAGUUAUCUUGACCUGUCGAUAUUAUAUGGCGACACCCAAGAAGAUCAGAAUGAGAUGAGAACAUUUCAAGAUGGUAAAAUCAAGCCGGAUUGCUUUGCCGAAGAGCGACUACUUGCAUUUCCCCCAUCUUGCGGCGUCAUGUUGAUCAUGCUGAAUCGCUUCCACAAUUAUGUGGUCGAGCAAUUGACACUCAUCAACGAGAAUGGGCGAUUUUCCAAGCCGUCUGGAAAUCUGUCAGACGGAGCUAGAGACAAGGAAUGGCAAAAAUAUGAUAAUGACUUGUUUCAGACUGGCCGUCUGAUCACAUGCGGGCUCUAUAUCAACAUCACCCUCUACGACUAUCUUCGUACAAUUGUCAACCUCAACCGCACAAACAGCACGUGGACACUAGACCCCAGACUUGACAAACCCAAGACCUUUGCCCAUGAUGGCACUCCUAAAGGACUUGGAAAUCAGGUCAGCGCAGAGUUCAGUCUCUCCUACCGGUGGCAUUCAUGCAUUGGGAAACAGGACGAGGCUUGGACCGAGCAAAUAUUUUCAGAACUGUGUGGAAAACCCGCGUCAGAUGUUUCUCUAUCGGAGUUGAUGGUCGUUCUGGGCAAGUAUGAACAUGAUUUACCAAAAGACCCUCAGCAAAGACCAUUUGCAAACCUGAACCGCAAUGCUGACGGAAAAUUCAAUGAUUCCGACCUUGCUAAGGUCAUGAUUACUGGCAUUGAACAGGUUGCAGGGGCAUUUGGGGCACGAAACACCCCCAAAGCGCUGAGAGCCACGACAAUUCUUGGAAUCAUGCAAGCCCGUUCUUGGAACGUCUGCAGUCUCAAUGAGUACCGCAAAUUCUUCGGCUUAAAGACGUAUGACUCGUUCGAGGAGGUCAACAGGGACCCUUACGUGGUGCAGCAACUGAAAAAUCUAUACGAACACCCCGAUUUCAUCGAACUCUACCCAGGAUUGGCAGUCGAAGAUCAUAAAGACCCCAUGGUCCCUGGUGUAGGCAUCUGUCCUACUCAUACCAUAUCCCGUGUCAUAUUGUCAGAUGCAGUGUCUCUGGUCCGUGGAGAUAGGCACUACACGACCGACUUUUCACCGCGAAACCUGACGGCCUGGGGAUACAACGAGGUAUUGUAUGAUUUGAAUGUCAACCAAGGUUGCGUGUUCUACAAGCUGCUGCUGCGUACUUUACCGAAUCAUUUCGCGCCGAACAGUAUCUAUGCUCAUUAUCCAAUGACCAUACCAUCUGAGAACGCAAAGAUCAUGAGAACUCUGGGGCGAUAUGAUGAGUACGACUGGACUCCCCCUGUCGAACAACGAACAAGAAUCAAUCUCACCACAUACGAAAAUGCAAAAUAUAUUCUGCAAAGACCUCAAGAUUUCAAAGUCAUGUGGAAUGAUGGGUUAGGCUUCGUCAUGGGUCCGGCAGGCGAGAACUUUUGCCUUGGCGGCGACUCGGUGUUUCAUAGAAAACAAAAGGAGAUCAUGCACAAGCUGAUCUACCGUGACGCCUGGCAUACUCAUGUCAGAGCUUUCUAUGAACAGACGACGCUCCGAUUACUUCGAGAGAAAAGUUGUACAGUCGCAGGAAUUCGACAAGUUGACAUGACUCGAGACGUAGGUAACCUUGCCCAUGUUCAUUUUGCAGCAAACAUGUUUUCGCUACCACUAAAGACGGUGGAUAACCCCAAAGGUAUCUUCACUGAGCAUGAGCUGUGGAUGGCAAUGAGUGUUAUUUUCACCGCCAUCUUCUUCGACUUUGAUCCUUCAAAAUCAUUCCCACUUCGCCAAGUUGCCAGACAUCUUGCGACUACACUCGGCAACUUGAUCGAAGCAAAUGUCAAAUCUGUGAUUGCCACUAGGUUUGCGUCGAGAUUUUUGGAUUCUUUCAGAGACAAUGACACACCACUCUCAGAGUACGGUAUUCACAUGAUUCGGCGAUUGAGCGAGAACGACAUGACAGCACAUGAGAUGGCUUUCAGUCAGAUCAUGCCAACAGCUGUAGCCAUGGUGCCCAAUCAGUCUCAAGUCUUUACACAGAUCAUGGAUUACUACCUUGGUGACGGCUUAUCUCACCUCCCCCAUAUCCAACAGUUGGCUCUGGACAACAGCGAGGAGUCCGAAAUGAUAUUGCAGCGCUAUGUUAACGAAGCAAUUCGCCUCAACGGCACAUUCGGAAGCUACCGACUCAGUCAAACCAGCCAUGUAUUCACCGAUAACGCACGACAAGUCCAAGUUGAGCCGGGAGACAAGGUUUUCUGCAGUUUCGUUGGCGCUGCUCGUGAUCCGGACGUGUUUCCAGACCCAGACCGAGUCCGCUUGGAUCGGCCAUUGGAUUCGUACAUUCACUACGGUGUUGGCGAGCAUACAUGCCUGGGCAAGGAGGCCAGCAUUGUUGCCCUAACAGCAAUGUUGAGGACGAUGGGAAGGCUGAAGAACCUUCGUAGAGCACCCGGUCCUCAAGGGCAAUUAAAAAAGGUUCCUCGCCCUGGUGGGUUCUACGUUUACAUGAGAGAGGAUCAUGGCUCGUACUUUGUCUUUCCGUGCACGUUCAAGGUUCACUACGAUGGGGAGCUACAAGCUCUCAAAUCGCCCUAG